CAUCUGUGCCAGCUCCUGGUCUCAGUGCCACUGGUCCCCGGUAGAGGGGCCUGGAGCUGCCAUGACGACAGGGGACUGCUGCCACCUGCCCGGCUCCCUCUGCGACUGCCCAGGCAGCGCCGCCCUCUCCAAGUCGGUGGAGGACUCGGACAUCGGCCGCCCGCAGUACGUCACCCAGGUCACCCACAAGGAUGGACGGCUCCUCUCCACCGUCAUCAAGGCGCUGGGCGCCCAGAGUGAUGGGCCCAUCUGUCGAAUCUGUCAUGAAGGUGGAAAUGGGGAGGGACUGCUUUCCCCAUGUGACUGCACAGGAACACUGGGCACCGUGCACAAGAGCUGCCUGGAGAAAUGGUUAUCCUCCUCCAACACAAGUUACUGUGAGCUCUGCCACACAGAAUUUGUUGUAGAAAGAAGACCAAGACCUUUGACAGAGUGGCUGAAGGAUCCCGGUCCGCGCAAUGAGAAGAGGACCCUUUUCUGUGACAUGGUGUGUUUCCUGUUCAUUACUCCCCUGGCAGCCAUCUCUGGCUGGCUGUGUCUGCGUGGGGCCCAGGAUCACCUGCAGUUCAACAGCCGGCUGGAGGCCAUCGGCCUCAUCGCACUGACUAUUGCACUUUUCACAAUCUACGUCCUUUGGACACUGGUCUCGUUCCGCUACCACUGCCAGUUGUACUCAGAGUGGAGAAGGACCAACCAGAAAGUCCGUCUGAUGAUCCCGGCCUCGCGGAGCCCUCACCCCGUGCCCCACUCCCUGCUCUCAGCCAAGCUCAUGAAGAAGACUGCGGAUGAAACCACCGUGUGA